AGCGGGAGCUAGGCGGCAGGGUCAGACGACCCCAAGGUUCGCCACUGCAUAUAUACCCCUGUAGCUCUACGUAUAUCGCCUCAAUCCUCUCUUACAACACUCAUCUGAAACCACCAUGGCUACUGCAGUACUCCCCCAGCAUCCUCCGGCAAUGAAGGUCGGAGGACGACGACUCUCGAUCAGCUCACGACCCAGGCCACACCUCACUGCCGAGGGCAAGCUGCCCAGCCCAAGCGGCGAAGAGCCCGCCGACUACCCGCGGCCCGCCGCACCAGGCGAAGAGGCACCCCACGACCACGACGGCCACGACGAGGUGCCCAAGAAAGAGAAGAAGCGCGGCAGCGGCGGCGACGAGCACGAGCGGCGGCUCCAGGAGAGCCUCUCCAGGAAGGCCGAGCAGAACAGGCCGCGGAGGGACCUCCACGGCGCGAGGAACCUCAACGCCGUCGGCGGCGGUGGCAGGAUUGCCCAGCCGAUAGGACGGCAGAUGUCCUUGUGAUCUUCUGUCACCUGGGACACUGUGGUGUAUGAAUAGCAAGGUUGGGCAGCAGUCGGAACUCCUGUAUCAUAGUAGCAUCGCAUCGUCAUAACAGCAGCAAUUGUAUCAAUCCUCGCUUGAU